UUUUUUUCUUCAUACAAUUUUAUAAUAUUCUAAUGCUAUAUAAAUAUAUAAUAGUAUGAUACGUAAACAAAUCACUAUUAGAUACAACUAAUUUUCUGCCAUAUAGACACACCUACACAAUAAUAAUUAUAAAUAAGAAAUCUGAAACUAACUAUUUUAUAUUAAAAUCUCUUAAGACAUAUUUUGACAUCUAAAAAUUAUAAUAAGUGGCUAGUCAUAAUAUAACCUAAUAUGUCAACCUCACAUAAAUAAACAAAACAAAAUAGAUUACAAUAUUUUUCUUUUCUUUUUCUUUAUUACAAUACACAAGUUAUUUACUUUAUUUCUUUAUUAAAUUUUUUAGAUUUUGAACGAUGAAUAAUAAACAGAUAUCAAAAGAAAUAAAAGUUAGAUUAAAUAAAGUUUGCGAUCUUUUAAAAGAAAUCGAGGAAUUAGUAUGCAAAGAUAAAAAUGAUAAUCAAAUGGACCAAUUGUCAAAAUAUGACUAUUCAUGCAUCUGUGUUGAUGAAAAGCAAUCAGUACCUGAAAUAAUAGAAAACGUAUCCAAUUAUAAGAAAGUUGAUGAGCAUAAAUCAUGUUUUAAAAAACAUAUAAAAUGUAAAAGUUUAGACAGAGAAAAAAUUUCUUCUGAUAUAAAUGAGUUAAAUGACAUCAGUUCAUGUUGUCAGAAAAACUAUGAAGAAAAUCAUGAAAAAAAUAACUCAAAAUUCCCAAAUAAUCUGUGUGAGAAUACAUCUAACAAGCAAGUUUUUAAUAAUAUACAAAAUGAUUAUAAGAAUGAACGUUUUAAAAACAAUAUAAAGUAUAUUAAACAAAAGUAUACGUCAUAUUUCAACGAAAUUAAUAAAAGUGAACUAAACACUGCAACUUGUUCAACAAUUAAAAACAAAAUAUCACAGAAGUAAUUUUAAUUUUAAUAUAACAAGAAAUUGCUAACCAAAAAGAUCAAAAAAUUAGGUACAUGAAACACUAAUACUAUAUAUGUAAAUAUAAGAAAUAUAGAAGUAUUCAAA